GAAAGUUGCAUUGGUGUGGUGUGUUCCAAUGAAAGAAAUGUGGGAAAAAGCCUUGCCUUGCAAAUUCUCGCUAAAGGACAAGGGAAAGACAGACGAUCACAUCCCUUGCUGUGUUCUGGAGGGGGUCAGAAUGUCAGCGGUACAUUUUUGAAAGUUUUUUUAUAGGUUUUGAUAAAAUAAUGCACUAAAAUACUAUUAGAGAUAUGGGUUAUUUGGAAAAUAGCAUACAAAGUACUUUGUUUUAAAAUGGAGUUUAAGUGAAAAGAGCUGUUAGAGUCACUGAAGUCCUACUGUAGUUAAUUACACAAGGAAAGUAUGCAAGAUGGUCUAGAAUAUUAUUUAUCAUUUGUCUUAAUCACUAUGUAACUAAUGCUAUUGCAACCAUCCUGAAGCCUAGGCUUGAACUUGUUAUCAGGGUGACCUUUCACCAAAGAGGCAUAGGGAUGGAAUAAAAUCUUAUUUUACCUGACAUAAAUGUUCACAAGAAAAUACUUGAAACAUAUGCAUAAAAAUAUUAAUACUUGCAUCAUUUUAUUUUCAGAAAGGUGAUAAUGCAUGCUAUGCAGAGCACCACUCUGACAUGUUGCCUUGACGACCCUGUACUCACAAACUCACUGGCAGAAUUUUUUCUCCAAAUUCAAAGUGGGUUACCGCAAAGCUCAAUGAAAAGCAGCCUGAGCAGCCCUAAGGGCAGCAUAAUCAUGUCAACAAACUCUGCUGAAUGUGCAAGGUGAUUUUAGUAUUAUUUUGUAAUGGUGUGUUUUGUUCAUGCAGUAAGGUAUGUUGUGCUAUGCCAGUUCAUGCUAUGUUGUGCUACAACCAAACAAAAAUACUUUGUACACUGUAACUGUUAAGGAUUAAAAUAGGUUUCCUAGGACAUAGCACAAUUCAUGUCCCCUCCCCUGUUAUCACAGUUUUGAGGAUUCCAAGAUUGCAUUCCACAAAAUUUUGCUGACACUCGGCCAGCUAACCUUUUCCAAAAAUUGUGCAUCUGAUGUGCAAGUUUCAAACUAAUAGGAUGCCGUGAACGCCAAUGAGCCACUUUUAUGUCACGAGUGUGGGAGAGAUCAAGUUGUUUCAGGCCUCCACAACUGUAAAUGCUUCUCUAACAUGAAAAAUUGUUCGAUAUAAACAAUCUUGUGCCAACAUAGUAAUUGAAGGAAGAUUUUCACUGACCAUGUCGCAUUACUUGGACACAAUUUUUGUAAUCAAAAGUUGAUAACAUUCACACUCAUCCAUGCCUUGAACGAGAUUUUUGGCAUCAUUUUCCUCAUUAGUUAUGAACUUGUCUCCUAUUACUAUUUCUAGAAUUCAUGGCAGAAUCAUAAGAUUUGACUACGUAAAGGACGCACAAUUUCACAAAGAGGACGAGUCCAUCUUGCAGCAAGGUCUGAAGGACCUAAAAUUUUAG